CGGAACGUCAACAGAGGACACCGAAAGGAAGCCGCUCGUUGGGGAUUUUAUUAAGGUAUUUUGGUUGAUAUUUACGGCUGGCUGGAGUUAUACGCUUAAUAAGGUACUUUAAGAUCAUAACAGGCCAAUCAUGUCACUGGCACAAGGAGCUCCCCUUUUAUCAAGGCUGGUGUCGUCAUCAGUUGCCAUUGCAAGCCAGGCAGGGCAUGUCAUACGAGAAAUCAUGAAGAAGGGAGACCUUGGCAUUGUGGAGAAAGAGAGUGUACGAGAUCUUCAGACAGAAGCUGAUCGUGCCGCCCAGCGAUGCAUUAUUAGUUCUCUUAAUAAAUGCUUCCCCAAAAUAACAAUAAUUGGUGAGGAAGGAGAAGAUGAGACAAAGGUAACUAGUGGAAGUAUCUUUGAUCCGUCAACUACAUCGUUGGUUGAUGUCGCCUGCCCACCACACCUGUCGUCCAUGGCAGAAGAGGAGGUCGUAGUUUGGGUAGAUCCUCUAGAUGGCACUGCAGAGUACACGCAAGGCUUACUAGACCAUGUCACUGUCUUGAUUGGCAUAGCCUCAGGAGGGAAAGCCAUUGGGGGCGUCAUUCAUCAGCCUUAUUAUAACUACCAGAAUCCUGGAAGUGAGCUGGGACGUACAAUAUGGGGCAUUGUAGGAGGGGAAGUUGGAGGCAUGAAGAUCCUACCUCCACCAGAGGGCAAGUUGAUUGUGACCACCACAAGGUCCCAUUCAUCAUCGACUGUUAAUGAUGCGAUUUCCGCGGUCUCCCCCGAUGAAGUGCUGAGAGUAGGCGGUGCUGGCCAUAAGGUGAUGCUCCUCCUGGAAGGCAAGGCUCACCUGUAUGUGUUUGCAAGCCCAGGAUGCAAGAAGUGGGACACCUGUGCCCCACAAGCAAUACUAGAAGCAGCUGGUGGGAUUUUGACUGAUAUUCAAGGCAAUGCAAUUCCAUACGAUGCUUCUGCACCUCACAGGAACUCGACUGGUGUCUUGGCUUCUGCAGCCGGGCAGAAGCAUGGAGUAUAUCUUGAGCAGAUCCCUCAGCAUGUCAAGGAUAAUCUGAAAGCAUAGUCAUUAAUAGCUGUCACUUAGAGAAGGCAUUUUCCUUGACCUUGUUUUAUUUUUUUUCAUUCCAGUUAUUGAAAACUGUCUUUUUGUAAUGGAAGCAGAUAUUGAACAAAUUAUUUUUGUGUGGUUUAAUUAUUAAAAUGGGUGUUAAACUAGAAGUAGAUUGAUUGGACCACCAUAUAUAUAUAUAUAUAUAUAUAUAUAUAUAUAUAUAUAUAUAUAUAUAUAUAUAUAUAUAUAUAUAUAUAUAUAUAUAUAUAUAUAUUGGGAUAUUCUUGUGUUUCUUUGCAUGUUAUCACCUUUAAUGUGGAUUUGAAUAUUGUUUCUAUGUUUUUAAAGUAUAUUUUAUUUCACAUUAAACUAGAAAAAAAGGUGUAUUUACUUUGUUUAGGUUAAGAACAUGAAUGGAGAUCAUUGGGCUUUCAAUCCAGUUAACCUGAUGCUGCUAGGAUUGGCAUGUAAAUUCAAGCCAUGCCACUCUGAGUUUAGUUUAUUGAUUGUCUUUUCACACAGCUGACUCCAAGGUGGCAAGUACUUAGUCACCAUUGAGCCAAUUUCAAGUACUAUCUAUCUCACCUGUUUCCCUGUUUCCUUGAUUUUUGAAAAUGUUUUAAUUUUAUCUUAUAUUGGUAUUAGUUAUGUCAAUAGAAUUAUAAUUAUUAUGCACAUAAUAAUAACAAUAUCAUUGGUAUUGAUAGGAUAAUUAAGAAAGGGAAAUUUUUUUUUUUAAAUUAAGGGAAGGUGAAAUCAGGUUAGGUUGUGAGGUUUACUGAUAGACUCCUUUGAUGACUAAGCAAUUGUGGAGCCAUUUUUGUGUAGAGACAUUUCGCAAAAUCCUACAUUACAUUUACAUUUACAUUUUCUUGGCAGCAUUGGAGUAAUGAGUCCUUUAGUGUAGAGAAUAACUGUUCAGUGGACUCUAGCAAAUGGUAAAAGGUGUAUCUAACAGUGGCUGCUCUUUUCCUCACUUCAAUAUGUGUGAAGUGCAAUGAGUUAUUGCAUACCGUAUACACCUGGUAAGAUUGAGUGGGAUAUGCAACAUUCAACUUAUGAAAGGUCUGUGUGAAGCACACAUGCAAAUGAAAUAGAAAGAGUUUCCUGUCUUGAACCAAAGGACUUCAAAGAUAUCUGUAAGUCUAGGUGAACUACAUUCCAGAGGUGCAAAAUACAAAAAAACAUGAUAAACACAAUUAACAAUGAGGGCAGCAACAUGGGUCAAUGCUUGUGGUCAGCCUACUCCAAUAAGAGCAAUUGAGUAGCUGAACUUAAAGUUAUUGCUGUUGCUCUCUUGAGUCAUGACUUCACAUGGCUCAUUGGAGAGUUGUCCCCUCGACUUGUUGGCACAAACAUCUCGUCAUGUGGCUUUGACAGAGGACAGCUCAAAGAAACAAUAGUAUGGCAGAGGACAGGACUAAGUAGCAAGUUGGCAGUGAUCUAAAGUGAUGAGGGAAGGUCGUCCACUGUUUCUUUUAUGAUGGCAGCAAAAGAGAGGGAAGGCAGUGAGUGAGCUUCUGUUGAGUUGUGGUCAGGGUGAGGGAAGGGGAUAAAGUGAUGUUGAGCUGCUUUUAUUCCACCAGUUCAAAGGAGUAAGCAGCAGGGGUGAAAUAUAUUAUUAGGAAUGUUAGAUGAAGUUUUGCUUCAUAAAACUACCAAUUUCUUUCAUUAUACAUUUGUAAAUAAUUAAAGGAAUUAUAAGGA